AUGGCAUCAACAAAUUCAACACCACAAACCCCACACGCUACAGCUACCAAUACAAGCCCACCUCAGUAUAGAGCCAUUCGCGCCACCUACACCACCAACACAAUAACCGUCUACCAGGCCUACCCCUCCUCAAUCGCCAACCCAGCCCUAGCAGCCCAAACCCUCGUUGCCCCAUUCUCCCGCACGCGGAUGACAUGGAUAAAACCAUCCUUCCUCUGGAUGGCCUACCGCAGCGGCUACGGCACAAAACCCGGACAGGAACGCGUACUCGCCAUCGAGAUUACUCGCGAGGGCUUCGAAUGGGCACUUCGGCAUUCCUGCCUAAGCCAUUGGGGCGACCAGAAUAAUAUUCCGCAAAGCGGAACUGGGCCUGAUUAUGAGGAAAGCAAGAAACAAUGGCAAGCGAAGCUACAUAGCAGCCCUGUGCGAGUCCAGUGGGAUCCCGAGCGCGAUUUGAGGCAUAAUCCGUUGAUAUAUAAGUCUGUACAGAUUGGACUGGGGCCCUUGGCUGUGGCCAAAUAUGUGGAUGAGUGGAUUGUGAGUGUGACUGAUGUUACGGAUCUUAUGCGUGAGAUAUCGGGGUAUGUUGAUCGGGGGCAGUUGGAUACGGCGCUUAUGUGUUUACCUGCUGUGAGGGAGUAUCCGUUGUCCGAGGAGCUGAGGGCUAUAUUGCAUGCUUCAUCGUUGUAG